CCAUCAUUAGUCAGUGGGAGGAAUAGUGCCCCAUCAUUAGUCAGUGGGAGGAAUAGUGCCCCAUCAUUGGUGUCAGUGGGAAGAAUUGUGCCCCAUCAUUGGUGUCAGUGGGAGGAAUAUUGUCCCAUCAUUGGUGUCAGUGGGAGGAAUAGUGCUCCAUCAUUGGUGUCAGUGGGAGGAAUAGUGCCCAUCAUUGGUAUCAGUGGGAGGAAUAGUGCCCCAUCAUUGGUAUCAGUGGGAGGAAUUGCGCCCCAUCGUUGGUGUCAUGGGGAGAAUAGUGCCCCAUCGUUGGUAUCAGUGGGAGGAAUAGUGCCCCAUCAUUGGUAUCAGUGGGGAGAAUAGUGCCCCAUCAUUGGUGUCAGUGGGGAGAAUAGUGCCCCAUCAUUGGUGUCAGUGGGGGGGGGAAUAGUGCCCCAUCAUUGGUAUCAGUGGGGGAGGAACAGUGCCUCAUCGUUGGUGUCAGUGGGGGAGGAACAGUGCCUCAUCGUUGGUGUCAGUGGGGGAGGAACAGUGCCUCAUCGUUGGUGUCAGUGGGGGAGGAACAGUGCCUCAUCGUUGGUGUCAGUGGGGGAGGAACAG